UGGAGCAGAGCCACUCUAAACUUCUCACCUUCUCAUCGAAUGAAGCACUAAAACAAAAUCAUAUGCCAAUUUCUGUUCCUUUCCUAAAAUCCCGGGGAUCUGUCCCUCGAACCCCGAGCACAAAUAAAACCGUUUCAUUCCCGCACGUGAACUCGUGGAACUGUGUGUGCGUGUGUCAAUGCGCGCGGCCGGCGAUGGUUUGGUCCAACGGGAGCGCGGGCGGCUGCUGCGGAUCCCCGGAGUAUGUCUCGGACACCGGAGCAGCACGCGACUCCGAGCUCAGCCUGAGCCCGACCGGACACUCGGUGGUGGCCGCGUGCCUCGGGCUCAUCUCCACCGUCGGCUUUGUGAACAAUCUGCUGGCGCUCGUGCUGUUCGGCCGCCACAAGGCGCUGCGCUCUCCCAUCAACCUGCUGCUCAUAAACAUCUCACUGAGCGACAUGCUCGUGUGCGCGCUGGCCACGCCGUUCAGCCUCGCCGCCAGCACGCGCGGACGAUGGCUUGCCGGACGCACCGCGUGCGUGUGGUACGGCUUCGCCAAUUCGCUCUUCGGCAUUGUGUCGCUCAUCUCCCUGGCUGUGCUUUCCUACGAGCGCUACUGUACCAUGAUGUGUCCGGCCAAGCCUGACGUCACCAACUACACUAAAACUGCAGUCGGAGUUGUGCUGUCCUGGGUCUACUCCCUCGUAUGGACGUUACCGCCGUUCUUCGGUUGGAGUCGCUACGGACCCGAAGGGCCCGGAACCACCUGCUCGGUGGACUGGGUGACCAAGACGGCCAACAACAUCUCCUACAUCAUCUGCCUCUUUGUCUUCUGCCUCAUCCUACCAUUCCUCGUCAUCGUAUACUCUUAUGGGAAGCUGCUGCAUGCUAUCAAACAGGUGAGCCGCUUGAAGACGUCCACCGGCCGAAAGCGGGAGCAUCGUGUCCUCCUCAUGGUCCUGACUAUGGUGGUAUGUUACCUGCUCUGCUGGCUCCCGUAUGGCAUCAUGGCACUGCUGGCUACGUUCGGAGCGCCGGGUCUGGUGACAGCCGAGGCUAGCAUCGUGCCCUCGGUCCUGGCCAAGACCAGCACCGUCAUCAACCCCGUCAUCUACGUGUUCAUGAACAAGCAGUUCAACAGAUGUUUCCGAUCUUUCCUAAAAUGCGACGUGGUCCAACAAAGCUCCACGUCGAAGAGGUGGUCGAAAGCAAACGAACCCGUGAGACGCACCGAGAACAACCUCACGUUCGUGGCCGCGUCAGUGGAUCACGGAUUAGCAGCACCCAGUACCUCACGGAGCAACAAGCAGCCCCCGUCGACAGACUCGGCCAAACCGCCGGCGCUGUCCCUCGUGGCUCGUUACAACGGCUCUUUCUGCGAGUAAGACUCUGCAGUG